CCGCGCGCCUCCUCCCCUCCCGCCCCUGGGUGCGUGCCCGCGGAGUGUGUGGUGCGAGCAAGCCUGAGUGUGGCAGUGUUGUCAGCGCGUGGGAGCGAGCGAGCAGGCAGGGAGUCAGAGAAAGUCUGUGUUUGCAGGAGAAGGCUGAUAGCAGCCAGCGCCGCGUCCUCUCUCCCUUUAUAUGUAAAAAUGCAACACGGCGCUUUCUGAGUCUUCGCUUUUAUUGUGCACGAAGGAAAAUAAACAAAAAUAAACCCCCCCCGGACACUUACUCCCGGAGAGAAAUAAAAAUGCUCAAGGACACUCCGAAAGAAGGAAGAAAAAAACCUUUUUGAAGGUCAAAAGAACAGGUGUCUCGCACCAAAAGACUUGAAGGUCACUCUGGGGGAAACAUAAGGGGCGUGGAUCGAUUAGAAAAUCAAAAUACAGAUGGGUACAUCUGUUCAAGGCAGUUCAGAUUCACUCACCCUGGAUGUGGCUCUAGUCUCGGCAGCUGUGGUAAUUUGUCUUGCUGCAAUGGUUGCCAUGUGUGGGAUCUGCAAAUGGUGUCAGCGCAAAUUGGGUAAAAGACACAAGAGCUCUUUGGAAGUGGUCAACACACCAGACUCCAACCGAGGCCGCAAUGAGAAGAAAGCCAUCAAUGAUCUUGACAAAGACUUUUGGAAUAACAAUGACAGCACAGUACAAAAGAAAUGGAGUUCCUACCCUCCAAAGGAGUUCAUUCUAAACAUUUCGCCUUAUGCACCAUAUGGUGACCCACGACUUUCACUCAAUGGCACUCUCAUGUCCGGUAACAAAGCUUCAGUAGCUGAGAAAGAAACACGCACGGCCGAGAAGCAAACCCGCAGCAACAGCAUGAAGAGCAGUGGAUCUUCCAACAGUAAUCGGGGUGAAGCUGCCAAUGGCAAGGUUGGGAAAGGUGGGCGCUGGCACACAGUCCAGACUCUCCUAGCAUCGGGCAAGCUCAACCAAGCUAACUUGGAUGAGCCGACCUUAUCAGCAGCCUCCACAUUAGAGCACAUAUCUACACCACCAGGCGAUCAACAGUCGAAAUGCCCACGACCUCGGACGCUGCAGAGGCAGCAGAGCCUCCAGCAGCCGCUGCAACUGCAUAGACCUGCCCACAGCCAGCCGACCACCAGUCAGAGCCUGGGGCAGCUUCAGUUCCAACAGCAGACAGCCUCCGGCAGCAGGUCUCCCUACAGAGCCCAGCACAGGCCAAGUGGUACGGCAGGCUCACGCAAUCGUACAGCUGGAGGUCGCAGUCGCUCCAAUCCUGGGAGCUGGGAUUACGUGAUGGGACAGCUCCGUAAUCGAGGGUUAGAUAUGAAGUCUUUCCUUGAAGGUCGGAUGGUGGUCCUUUCCCUGAUUAUGGGUUUGACAGAACAAGAUGACUUUGCAAAUAUUCCUGAUCUACAGACCAGCAACAGCCAACAAAACCAAGGCAUGCAGUCAGACAAAAGGUUACCCACUGGAACGAAGCCAGUAAAUACAACUCCUGUGCAAGGGCAGGUCCCUCAGGAUGACUCUGAUGGGAGAACAGAACCUCGCUCUUCUGUCUCGGACCUUGUGAAUUCGCUCACAAGUGAAAUGCUGAUGCUGUCACCGGGUUCUGAGGAUGACCAUGAGGGAAGCUCACGUGAAAACCUGGGCCGGAUUCAAUUCAGCGUCGGCUACAAUUUCCAGGAAUCUACUUUCACCGUAAAAAUAAUGAAAGCAGUAGAGUUGCCAGCGAAGGACUUUAGUGGCACGAGCGACCCAUUUGUUAAAAUCUAUCUGCUACCUGACAAGAAACACAAACUGGAGACAAAGGUGAAAAGAAAGAAUUUAAAUCCGCAUUGGAAUGAGACGUUCCUGUUUGAAGGUUUCCCUUAUGAAAAAGUGGUUCAGCGAGUGCUGUAUCUUCAAGUCCUGGACUAUGAUCGUUUCAGUCGAAAUGAUCCUAUUGGAGAGGUGUCAUUACCUCUAAACAAGGUGGACCUGACACAGACACAGACAUUCUGGAAAGAACUAAAGCCAUGUAGUGAUGGAAGUGGGAGUCGAGGAGAGCUUCUUUUGUCAUUAUGCUACAACCCAACUGCCAAUACAAUCACUGUGAAUAUUAUAAAGGCAAGGAAUCUGAAAGCCAUGGACAUAGGAGGUACAUCAGAUCCAUACGUCAAAGUUUGGCUCAUGUACAAGGAUAAGAAAGUGGAGAAGAAAAAGACAGUUGUGAUGAAGAGAUGUUUAAAUCCCAUCUUCAAUGAGAGUUUCGUGUUUGAUGUACCGACAGAGAUAUUGCGAGAGACAACUAUCAUCAUUACUGUGAUGGACAAAGACAAACUGAGCAGGAAUGAUGUUAUUGGAAAGAUAUACUUGUCUUGGAAGAGUGGGCCUGGAGAAGUCAAGCAUUGGAAGGAUAUGAUUGGGCGGCCGCGACAUGCUGUGGCUCAGUGGCACCAACUCAAGGCAUGAUUAUUCAUCAAACCAAAAAAGAGGGGAAAACAUCUGAUUAAUCCUGACAUUUUAAGUAUGCACAAUGAAACACGUGGACUGAAAUCACAGAUCACUCAGUCAACACUCUGGGAGCCCAGCAGCCAAUCCAUAUGCCAUGGACUGAAUAGCAUUGAGCUGCCAGCAACAUUUCUUUUCAGCCAAGAGAUCAUAUCAACCCAGUGCUUCAACAUUCCUCCCCUCCCCUCUUAUAAAUCCCCACAUAAUUUGGUAGUGGCACAAUUCAUUCUGUGUCUGAGGAGUCUGUGGCCAGUUGUCACGUGGCUUAGAUUUUAGUUUUUAUUUCAUGUGACAAAAAAAAGAACCGUUCUUCCAGUGGUAAAGGAAGUUGCAGCAUCGAAAAAAAAAACUUGUAUCUUUUUCUGGAAUGAGCUGACAUUUGUAGUAUUCUGGUGCAGGUGUAGAUGCUAGCAGUUGUUUAUUUAUCUGAGUCAACACAAUGAGAGGGAGGAAAAUGAGAAAAGCAGGAACUUAAAAUCUGUCUGUGUUUGUGUGUCUGUAAUUAUAGAAAGUGUGUUUUUGUGCACACAAUGUAAGUACUCAGCCAUGCCCUUAAUGUGUGGGUGAUUUUCUCUGCACUUUUUAAAAUGCACAGUUUGGUUAUGAAAAAUAAGAUGUUAAUGGAUUUUGGAUUUUUAGAGGUGGUUUUUAAGUGGACAGUGUCUGGUUUACUCAGUAUUUUAACUUAGCUCUUCUUUAUCCAGGGCUUACAGAAUUACUAUACCGCAGCAAGCGAAAAUUCUAUAGUUUUACAUACAGUAUUGGCCUGGAAUUCCUAAAGAAAACUGACAGCAAAUGUAAAAUACUGUCAAAUUUCGAAAAAUUCUGUACUGUAACACUGUAGGUCACUUCCAUGCAAAUCCUGUGUAGUUUUGCAUUAUGGUCAGGUACAUUUAAAAUAAUAUUGUUGUGUGGUAAACAAUAUAGCUGCAGUUGGUAUAUUUGACACAGUUUAAUUAGAGUGGAGGUUUUAAGGACAUUGAACAGGCAUCUGGUGUCCUUGAUAAAGCCAUUUUCUUGUCUCAUUUAAAAUUUGUUGCUAAAUGAACUUCUCCCAGUCAGAUUAAUAGUGGUAGGUUUAGAAAUAAAACAAAUUGUUGGAGAGAGACAGCAGGUCAGGUAGCAUCAGUAGAGGGGGGGAAAAAAAGCAGUGAAUGUUUCAAGUCGAGUGACCUCUCGUCAGAAUGUUAACUCUAUUUACUCUAUACAGGCACUGCCUAAUCUGCUGUGUUUCUCCAGAGCGCUCUGUUUUGUUUCAGAUUUUCAUGAUCCGCAGGUCUUUUUGUUUGUUAAAGAUUGAGACGCAGUUUUGCAACUAAGGGGAAUAUAAGACUUGUAUGAGAAUGUGAUGUCUAGUAUUACAUCUUGUAUUGAGAUUGUUAGUAGUUAAUUGCAACUUAAAUAUCUAGAGAAACAAACCAGCCUAGACAACAGAACAGCACAAUAAAAGCCAAGACUGGAGAAUUAAAUAAGGCGAUAGAUCAUGGGGUCACACCUCCAGUUUCUCAGGCAUUGUGUUCUCAGUUUAAGCCAUGUUAUUAUAGAGUGAUGACAGACAGAAGACAAGUUGGAGUCUCUUUGCUUAGCUACUAUUGAACACCUGCUUAAAAAGCAACUUUUUCAAUCAGCCUGGUGUCUGAGGUAAAGGUGAUCUCCAUUUUCCACUUGAUUGUGUGAAUUUUGUUUUCCUUAACAUGAGUGUUUUAGUGCUGAGGAAUGGAAAUCAUUUUCAUUUUGGAAAUCCAACGUCCUGUGUCAUGAAGGUGCUAGUCGGCUACAAUAUUGUUAGACUGCAAGUAAAUGCUCAAUGUGUGUCGACAAUGACCUUAGAGGAACACCCUAAACUGCGAGCAAAAAAAAAUCCAUAAUUUGUGGAUUCACACUGGCAUGCUCCUUUUUGUGGACCUUCUUUGGGUUUGCCAAUUUGAUGCCCCAUAUUAUACAGAGUCUGUGCUUUCAUCCCAUGCCAGUAAGAUAAAAAUUGCCUAAUCUCAUUUCACAUUGGAUCCUUAAACAAGUAUAUUAGAGAGAUUUCUAUCUCUGACCUUUAUUUCAAUCCAGGACCAUGAUGAAGAACCAACAUUUAACUAUCUGUAUUACCUAUUUUUCAUUUUCACUCAUUCCAUUUAGUUGUGGUUUCCUUAAUUUUGAAUCAAACAGUUAAGUUUCCUAUUUGCACAUUUCUGAGAUGGAAUUUCAGCUAUUGAAUAUGGGGAAAAUGCAAGCAUAUAAACUAAACUCUAUCUAUCCAUUCAGCUCAAUGGUCAGAAGAUUCGUGAGAUGUGUUGUUAUCAUCUCCUGCUAUGUGAAUUUAUAGGUAAGGAGUACACAUGCAGAAAGCAUUCUUGCUAGGUUCACAAUAUUAGUUCUUGAUUUGCUUUAAACGUGAUGUUGGCCACCUCAAUCUAUUAAAGUAUCAAGUUUAUUAUGCUCUUCAAUACUCUAUCCAAAUUCCAGUCAGCAAUCUUACAGUUUUUAAUGUGCUAUUUCUAGAUGUCUAUUUGAAUUUAUGCUCAGAAAUAGAUUUCACUAAAAUGUAGAAAACUGACCAUGUACCCCAAAUCUCACAACAUAAGCUAACACACCUGUCUGUUGGGAACUGGUAAUUCAGCAUAACACUGCUUUUUCUCACAUUGUGUUUCAGAUAGAGGGAAAUGGACCAAGGUAGCUAGAAAGCUAACACAUCUGCUGGACAGAUUCUAAUUGUAUCACUGGCCUUCACGUCUAGCCAUAUUUAACCUAGGCCAACCCAGUAGCAUUCUGGGGAGGGAAGCAAAGAUACAUGUUGAUAAAUUAACAUUAACUAAUAUUCUGGGAAGAUUUAGGAAAAGAAUCUAGAAAGUUCAUACAGACUAAAACAACGCAUCUAUCUGGUAUUAGAGUUAUAGAUCUUCUCUCUACUUUGUCCAAUGUUUGAAUCAUUCAGCUUGUCAAAAAGAAUGAGAAAAGCAAUGAGUAAUUCAACAUACUGGGAAAGAGAUGAAAUGUAGAAGAAAUUCAGUCUAUGUAUCCUAGCAUAAAGAUAAUUAAAGUGAAAUAUUAAUGAAGCGUAAUAAAGCAUUAAUUUGGUUGUAGAAUUUUCCUUCCCAUCAAACAAAUUAGCUUGGGACUUUUACAAAGUAUGUAUCUCUACUAUUUACCCACUAGAUUGAUCCAAAAAAUUAUCAUUCUUUGUGUGGAAAUUCCUGUAUUAUCUGUUUCAGAGUACUUUUUCACUAAGUUACGUCUGGGGACCCCGGUUUGAAUUCUGCCACAGCAGAUGUUGGAAUUUGAAUUCAAAUCUAAAACCUAGAAUUAAGAAUGAUGACCAUUAAAACCACUGUCGAUUGUCAGAAAGAACCAUCUGGUUUGCAAAUGUCCUUAUCUGGUCUAGCCUACAUGUGACUCCAGACCCACAGCAAUAAAUGCUGAUCUAGCUGGUGACACCUUGUCCUGUGAAUGAAUUUUUUAAAAAAAAUUCCCUCAACUAAGUCAUCAGUAUGAUUCCUCAUCAAUUAUCUUCUGUUCUUCUGUCAAGGAUUUAGAAAUUAAUUUUUAAACCCUUUCCUCCAAUCUCAUUCCCUAUCUGAAUCUGGAAUAAUUUUUAUUGGCCUCAUCUCCAAAGCUGCAUUUUUCUUUUAUGAUGUGCCAACAAUGGUUAUAGUUCUAUAAUGCCCUAUGAAUAAUCGUUAUAGUUACUCUUCAGGCUAUUCUGGCAUCAAAUCAAAGGUUAAACUUAAGUGGUGAAUCUUGACCGAACAUUUUAUGUCUACUGAUAACUUCAUAUUUUGGAGAUAGGCAGGCUUUAUCAAAACUCAAAGAUGAUUUGGGCAGAUUUGAGUCACUUAGAAAUUUUAUUCAUCAAUAUAUCAACAGCUUUUUAAGUUGUCGCAUUUAAGAUUUCAAUGUUGAAUAUACUUUGAAAACAAUUGCAUUUUAAUCGAUAUUGAAUUGUCUUUAAUCAAUAGUACCUGAUCCUACUUUGUAAACCAGACAAAAGUACUAUAUUAAAUUAUAGUAAGAUUGAAAAGGAUGAGUUCAAGUGCUUGUACUAAAAUGAAGAACAUAAAUUAUGCACAGUUGCAGAAGCCUAACCAAUUAAUCCAUUUCUUACAACAGACUCAGUAUGGGCUCAUUCUAAUGUAUUUGAAAAGACAAUUUACUCAAAGUAGUGGACAAAACAUCCACAGAGAAAACUGAAAUGAUAUUCUGACCCUGAUCGAUUUUCAAAGAUGAUAUUCCCAUGAUCACAACUUAAUAGAAACACUGUCUUUCCAUACUGUAUUCGAUCAUCUAUGGUGGCAAUUUAACCAUCAAAUCCUAUUCCUAGUCAAAAAUUCAUCUAACUCUUAUUGUAAAGGUGCUAAUCAAUGCAGGCUGUCACCGAAUGUAACCAGCUCCAUUCUAGAAAACUGCCGCUCUGUUAGGAAAUAUACAUUUUUCCAUUCUGUUGAUUUUGGCUUUAGUGUCUUUUUAAUAGUAGAUAUUGUUGGUUCCUCCCCGACCCUCAACAUUUUUACCCAAUGAGAACCCAUGCCUUCUCGGGGAAACUAAUAUGCCCUGGGUACAUCAAUCAAGCCUUGUCAUUUGAAAACCUUUCUCUUUUUUUAGGUGUUUUUUUUUACAAUGAUUGCAGGUGUAAGUUUUGGUUUCUAGGUUUUUCUUUGUACCCUGUCUCCUGCGUCAAGAUUAAUUUAAGGGAAGGAUGAUAUAAAUUUAACAUUGUCUUCUGAAUUCUUGCUAAUGACUGAAAGUCUGAUGACAACUUCAUUUGAUGAAAAAUUUUGAGGAGAGUUAGUUGUACUUUUACACAGGCAGCUGGGACAGUACUGUUGCUGGAAAAUCUGUAUAACAGAUUUUGAAAUGCAGCCUGUACAUUUAAAUUCAAGUCCCAAUCAAACAUAAAUCUGCAUAUCUGUGGUUUAAGAAAUUGGCCCUCAAAUCAUUACAACGUGGCAGCAGAAUUGAAAUUUGAACGUUCUUGAUGUUGGUACUGAAUUUAGUUAGUCAAUCUAGUUCAGUGUAAGUUUAAUAUAUGUGGAAGUAUGUGAUAUAAAACUGCAGCUGUAGAAAUAGAAAAACAAACCAUCUGUUUUAAUUGAUACUUUAGUCUCAAUGUUAUGCUAUGUAUAUUUGCCCAAUGGAUUGCAACAGUACAAGAAAGCAGGGUGUCAUUAUGGAUUGGUAAAACUGCUGGCCUAGCCAAUGAACCCAACAUCAUCUAAAUGAAUUAGCAAAAACAUUUUGGUGACAUACAGCAGUCUUGAUUUAAUAAAAUUGAGUCAGCAAGAUUGCACAGGAUUUAUUUGGUGUAGAAUUCCUUAAGAACAGAUGACAUAAUGACCAUCAUAAUGUCAACUAAAUACUUUUCCUCAUCACUUUAACUUCUUCCCAAUCCUGUCUUGUUCCAGAAUGGCUUUGGCAUAAUUUGAUGUAAAUGUGGUUCAGUUUAUCAAUAAUUAACAUUGAUAUGUCCCCAUUCCUUAUACUGCCUUUGUUGUCCCCGGAGCAAAGGUCAGCACAAUUUGCAGAUUGUAAAUAUAAUCCAGCCCUAGGUAUUUGAAUUUUUUUUGUCUUUUUAUCAAGUCUUUGAACGUUUAAUUUCUGAAGGUAAAAACAAAUUGUGGGCAAAAUAUGUAAAUUUGAAAAAAAAGUGCUAAUUUUUCUUCCCAUCCUCCCUGAGCAAAAUUUGUGAAGUAUAGAAGAGAGGGAACAAAGGAAUAGAAUGCUAUACUGUUAGAAUUUGCCAAAGUAGGCCAGAGGCUAUUGUGGAAUUUAAACACCAGCAUAGACCACUUGCGCCGAAUGGCCUGUUUUAGUGCAGUAAAUUUUGUGCACAUCUGGACAAUAACUUCCCUGUAGCCCAGAAAUACAUCUAUAUAGCACCUUUCAUGAGCUCAGGACAUUGCAACAAAUGCUGUUGCAGUGUAGUUGCUGUUUAUAAAAUUUAGAAUGCAGCAGCCAAUCAGCACAAAAUGUUACUAGAAAAAACAUUAAAAUAAAUGUUGACCAGGACACCAGGAGAAGACUCCUUCUCUUUGACUACUGCCAUAGGAUCUUUUACCUCUACCUGAGAGGGCAGAAGGAGCCUCAAUUUAACUGAAUGACAGUGACUCCAACAAUGCAAUACUCCCUCCAUGAUGAUGCUACCACUGAGCCACAGCUGACAUCUCGGCACAAAUGAUGGAUUAUUACCUGGAAAUGUCCCAGUUUGUAGCUCAGUAAUAUAGUGAGCCAUGUAUUUAUUGACUGCAACAUUGCAAUUCACCAAUUCAUUUUGCAGGAAAUAUUUCUAUACUGCCUGAGUAAAUCAUUUUCACUCAGGGUUACAUAUAAUCACAUCUCUUGCAGUUGGUUGCAGUGCAGAGUUUGAAGCUGCUUUAAACCCAGUUGGAUUAGAGAUCAAAAUGGUUGCCUGCAAAAAAUUAGUCAUCAUUCCAACUGUCUACAAUCCUUCAGAUGUCCAUAAAGUGAUAAAUCUUUACUUCCCUUUCCAGUUUAUUUUAAAGAGUCACUGUGGUGAGGCAACCUGUCUCAAAUAAGAGGUGGUCUGUCGAGAAGUAGGGGCCCCCUUAAAAGGAGAGGUAAUCCAAAUUAUAUUGCAGAAGUGAAAGGCCAAUUUAUCACUUCUCAGGUGUGAUACUCUGUUUGUCUGCCAAAUUACUCCAUUGUGUGCAAAAUAUAUGCAUAAUAAAUCAUUUAAAGGUUGAAAUAUAGGUGAAGGCUUCAACACCAUGAAAUGGUGCUAUGUGAUUUUUAUUAUAUAAAUGCAUUACCAUAUGUGUGCAAUUUUCUUGGCCACUAUUUUAACGUAGGUGCAUAGUGUGAUUUCACCUUACAAGGGUAUUCUGUUGGUGUGCCAUUGCUACAUGCGCUGUAUCCCCAGUUUCAUAGGUGAUAUUUUGUUCUGCUGUUUGAGGACAGAUCCAUGGUUUUGUCAACAUAGACAGUACAGACCAGAUAUUGUAAAUUUGUGGUUUUACCUAGUAAUAAUAUCAACUACUGAAUUUUUUUAAAAAUAAUCUACAGUGUUCAAAUAUUAUGUUAGCUAAGAAUAUACAGCUUUGUUCAGGCCAGCCAGUGGAACACUGUUUAACCAUUCUAGCUCAGUAGAUGCUGCUAAGGUUGGCUCACUUGAACUGCCGUUCCACACUGCUCUAUUCGUGGGGAAAUUUCAAUAAUGACGCCCAGUGUGUUCCGAUCCUUCCUCUUUCUCCCAGAUGGAAAAAAAAAUCAAACCAAACAUUCAGCAUAAUGGCUUCAGAGUUACAGUUACACAUGAAAUUUGGGAUUAAUGCCCAAAGUAUGUUACAGAACCAGUCUGCUGAUUCAGUAAUAGGGGAAUGCUAGAAUAUAAUUGUAUUGCUUCAACUGAAUAGACAUGGCUGUUUGAUUUAAAUUGGCUGAACUUCAAGCAAAGUUUUAUGGAACUUCUCACCUACAGUUAGAAAGCAAAUGGAAAAGAAAGUCUCCCAAAAUCAAUUCUUCUCUAAGAAAUGUAUGCAUGAGGCAGAUACACACACAGGAGGCACAUUUCACUGAAUGAUUGGUCUUAGAUCUCUCUCUGCCUCUAGUGGUCAGGUUGAAAUUUAGGACAUGGGAAAACGGAUUCAUUUAAGCUCAUAUUGUGAAGAAAAAUAGCUUACAAAAACAGGAAUUUAAAACAAACUCAAAAUGUGUCAAAUGAUUGUAUAUAGGAAAUUAAUUUCUAAAAAUGGAAACAGAAUUGCAAAAACAAGGUGGUAAAGAACACACAAGCACAAUAUUUUGGGCAUCACAUCAACCAGCUACAGAAUAAUAUUUCUCUACAAAUUCCUGAAAUUAAUGUCCUUUGAAGAUUGGGGACACAAUUAUGAAUGUCAAAGUGUAGCAGGUGAUGUGUUGGGAGUGAUUAACACAUAGGUCAAGUUAUAUCAGCAUUAGGGCCAAAGCUACAUUAAUCAACUCAUUUUGAGCUGACAGAGCAUAGGCAGAUUUCUUAGUCUAGAGUAACGCUUAACCCUGGCAUCCUGGGUCUCUGAAAACUUCCAGUCAAUCCAAAGGGCAGCAAUCUCUUUCAAAGAGACCACCUAGGCCUACUUUUGAUGGAAUCCAGUUGCAAGAAUAGGUGUUCCUAUUUAAUCCUCAUGGAGAAAGGGAGGUUUGAGGAAAGGUUUUGUGGUAAACUUUGAGGCCACCUUGCACAUCAUCCAUGCUUGUGAUUGCUGUCAGGUUUCCCAAGUAGGCAACUAGCCACUUUUCUCAAUUGCUGGGAAGGUAGAGCAUCAGGGAGGUGGUGAGUUGAGGUUUUUAUGUGGCCAUGAAUUGAUCACUUAAGGGCUUAAUUAGUACUGGGUUGAAAAAGCCCUAGUGGAAGUGGACCUUCUUACCCAGAAUGUAGUUGCAAAGGUUGUGGGAACCGAUUGAGUAUCUCUCCAGGACCAAGCAAUAAUUUCCCUUUCUCACCAGCUCUAAGGAUUGAAGAUUCUGCCCCUAGAUCCCUUUACAGUUUUCAAUCAUGAGCGUGACCAUGGCAUUAAACUAGGGAGCAAAUAAAAACUAUAGGAUAUGGAUUCUUGCUGCAUUCAUGGGAAUGCUUGUAAAGUUCUUUCAAAUAAUUAAGGGCAAGUUAAAAAGAAAGCAGAAAAGAAUGCUGACUAUGAUACAAUGCAUGGUUUAUUUGUAUGUAUGGGGAGGAGGGAGAAAUAUAUGUGCGAUGUAAUUUGUGGUAGAUUUGAAAUUAGGUGAUGAAAGCCCAACAAAGAAUGGGAUCACAGCUUUCAACAUAAGCCUUAGUCUUGGUGGAUAAAAAAUCUUGGCAAGUAUCCUAUCCCUUGUGAUCAGGGUCAGGACAGCAGAAACCAGAUUUAUUUUAUGUUUACAUUGAAUGCUAGUUUGGCUGUAAUUGAAGUUUUCAUAUAAAUGAACAUAUGGUUAGGUUUUUACAACUCUGUACAGACUGUUUAAUCUUAAUGCAAGGUAAUGCAGUCCUGAAUUUAUUGCAUUUUUUGGUCCUUUUAAAAAAAUGGACUGGGCGAUUUGACGCUCUUGGGUAAGAUGAAUUAGAGACUGCUAUGGCUUCUUUGUCACAAAUUGCAAUGUAACAUUUUGCCAACUUUGUAUAGGAUAUUCAUGAUACAUAGGUUUAGCUGCCAAGUGGUGGUGGUAUAUUGAUAGAAAACCAGUUCAGACUGGCUGAAGCCAGAUGUGCUUUAUCUAGAUAAUAACAGAGCUUUAUUCUGUUAGUUGACUUCUGAUUGCUCCAAACACAAUGUUUUUUUCAAAAAUUCUGCAGUAUAAUGUAAAUGAAAUAAUAUUUCUUCAUAGUUUGAGCAAUAUUUGAAUACAGAAGCACAUCAACCUGUUGCCGUGGAAAUAGUGUCUGUCUCCAGCCAGUCUUUGUAGAUGAUGUCUUUGAAUUUCUGUUGUCAUCCAGUCUCCUUGUACCGUUCUUUAUCUUCCCCCCCCCACCCAAUAAUCUGACCCAUUUCAGAUUAAACGUGCAGAUGGUACCUCAAAAAAGCUGAUAGAUAAAGAUUGUAAUUUUUAUUGUGUUUGGUAGCGAAUGUAUUUCAUGAAGGUAAAUUAUUUUGUAUGAGAUGACUUCAUCUAUAUUAUGUAUAUGGUAGAGUAUUUCUUUCUGAGAUAAUAUAUUUUGAAACUUUACUCUUUUUUGUGGAAAAAGUCUUAGUUAUGAUUAAUAAACAGUAGGAAAGCA